UUUCAAUGUUCUUCCUCAAACCAUUCUCCCUCUCCAGCUUUUUACUUCUCUGUCGCCACAAUUCAUCGCUUCAAUCGUCUUCGUCUUUUUUUGUUUUGUUUGGGAAAUCACCAAAAACCCUAGUUUUGCUGUGUGACGAGUGAAGGUCGCUUCGUUUUUUGUUGGUUCGUCCAGAUCUACAUAUCCGUUUCAAUUCGCUUGUUUCUUCGCGAAUUUCCCCGUUUCCUUGGUUUGAAACUGCCGGAGACUUCGCCGGAAUCUCGCCGUGGAACAUGCAUUUUCCGGCGGUUUACAUGAAACGGGCAAAAAUGGGUUCUUCCGCUUCUUGGUUGCUUCUUUGUUAGCGCCAUAGUUUGUAUUUGGAUAUUUAUUUGCAUCGAGAGCUUCACUUAAUCUGAAUCCAAAUGGAGGAAGCAACAUCAAAUUCAGGUGCAGAAGCUUUAGAAAUGUCAGUUGAUGCCGAGAAACAGCACAAUGUAUCUACAAAUGAUGGAAGGAGAAGUCCAGACAGUGUCUCGGGAGUGUCUGUGGUGUCAAGUCGUACUGCUACUACUAAGAAGAAAUCAGAAGUAGUUUCGAAACCGACGAAGCCAACUGUGUCUUCUUCAUUACGGGUCUCGAACUCUGUCCCUGUGACCCGGAGAAAUAGCACUGGAGGAGUACCUGAGAAGUCCAAUGGUGUCAAUAAAGUUUUGACGAAAAGGACAAAUACUGCUUCAGUGAGGCAGUCGCUUCCAGAGCUGAGGAGGAGUUCACUUCCUUCGGUUUCUGCAAAGCCUGGAUCUAGAGCAAGCAUUCCUGAUACUAGGAAAUCUGUCCCAACUUCACCUGCUGGUCUGAAUUUGACAAAAUCAACUGGGUCUGGUUCAAGUAAGCCUGAUAUUACCAAGAAGUCUUUAGCGAAAGCGAAGCCAGACACAAGUGUCUCCAUUUCUUCUAAAAGAGGCCCAUCUUCAUCUGUUGACAGUAGUGGCAGCACUACAAGCACUUCAAGAGUGCGUUCUGCGCUCACAACAAGUAGAAAGACAGCCUCUAAGGUCUAUUCUCCUGCUGGAUCACCAUCGGUUUCUAGUGGUUUAAGAACUCGAGCAUUGUCUACAUCCCUUGAUCAGAGUUCCAACUUUUCUGGGAGGAAGAAAACAGCUACCCCGGAAAGUCGUGAUUUGCGGCUUGUCAUUCUUCCGCAGGUUGAGGUUAAAGCUAGCGAUGAUGUGAGAUUGGAUCUCAGAGGCCACAGGAUUCGCAGCCUAAAUUCCAAUGGGCUGAACUUAUCGCCGAACCUAGAGUUUGUGUAUCUUAGAGACAAUCUUCUAUCUACAUUGGAAGGUGUUGAGAUAUUGAAGCGAGUCAAGGUUCUGGAUUUGAGUUUUAAUGAUUUCAAAGGGCCUGGGUUUGAACCACUUGAGAACUGUAAAGUGCUACAGCAACUUUAUCUUGCCGGAAAUCAGAUCACCUCACUUGCAAGCUUGCCUCAACUUCCGAACUUAGAAUUUCUGUCUGUUGCUCAAAAUAAGUUGAAAUCACUUGCAAUGGCAAGUCAGCCUCGGCUUCAGGUAUUAGCUGCCAGCAAGAACAAGAUAACAACACUGAAGGGCUUUCCAUAUCUACCAGUUCUUGAGCAUCUGCGGGUGGAGGAGAAUCCAAUACUUAAGAUGCCUCAUUUAGAAGCCGCAUCCAUAAUACUUGUAGGUCCUACUUUGAAGAAAUUCAAUGAUAAAGAUCUCUCUCGUGAGGAGAUUGCAAUUGCUAAGCGUUAUCCUUCACAAGCAGCCCUCUGCAUCAGAGAUGGUUGGGAGUUCUGUAAGGCGGAGCUUGCAGCAGAAUCCAUGUUUCGCUUCUUAGUUGAGAGGUGGAAGGAUAAGUUGCCCUCUGGAUACCUUGUCAAAGAAGCAUCUAUUGAUCAACCUUCUGAAGAAUCUCCUUGUCAGUGCCACUUUGGCCUAGUGCAAGAAAGUACUCUUGCCACUGUGACUGGUCCAGAAUUAACCCUGAUAUAUCAGUGGCUUGUGGCGGACAGAUCACUUUCUAAUUUUGUUCCUAUUCCUGAUGCAACCAAAGAGGUCUAUUGGCCAAAGCGUGCAGAGAUUGGUAAAAUUCUUAAAGUCACAUGUACUCCUGUUCAUGGAGAGACUGAAUACCCUCCUAUAUUUGCUCUAUCUUUGCCAGUUUCACGAGGAAAGGGAAUACCAAAAGUUGUGAGCCUUGAAGUUCAGGGGGAACUUGUGGAGGGCAAGAUAGUUAAGGGUCAAGCAGAAGUUGCAUGGUGUGGUGGGACACCAGGAAAGUGUGUUGCCAGCUGGCUGAGGAGAAAGUGGAACAGCAGUCCCGUGGUGAUUGCUGGAGCAGAAGAUGAGGAAUAUCAGUUAUCUUUGGAUGAUGUUGGUUCGAGUUUGGUUUUCAUGUAUACACCUUUCACAGAGGAAGGCGCCAGAGGAGAACCUCAGUACAAGUACACAGAUUUUGUAAGAGCAGCUCCUCCAUCUGUAAGUAAUCUUCGGAUUAUCGGAGAUCCUGUUGAAGGCUGUGUCCUAAAGGGAGUUGGAGAUUAUUUCGGUGGCAAGGAAGGUCCAAGCAAGUUUGAAUGGUUACGCGAGAACAUGGAAACUGGAGACUUAUCAUUGGUAUCAGCUGGAACAUCUGUGUAUACAUUGACCCAGGAAGAUGUUGGAAGACGUGUCACUUUUGUGUACAUACCUACUAACUUUGAGGGACAAGAAGGGGAACAUGUGUCAUCGGCAUCCAGCGUAAUUAAGCAAGCACCCCCAAAAGUGACAAAUGUUAAGAUAGUUGGAGACCUAAAGGAGAACAGCAAGGUUACGGCAACAGGUAAUGUUACAGGAGGAACUGAAGGUUCAAGCAGAGUGCAAUGGUUCAAAUCGAGUUGUUCUACUCUCGAAGGGGAGAAGUUUCUUGAAGCAUUGAGCACAUCAAGAGUUGCAAAGGCAUUCCGCAUACCUCUGGGGGCAGUCGAUUAUUACAUAGUUGCAAAAUAUACUCCAAUGACCCCUGGUGGCGAAUGUGGUGAACCGGUAUUUGUAAUAACUGAAAGAGCGGUUGAAACCCUUCCUCCCAGCUUGAAUUUCCUGUCAAUUACUGGGGAUAACAUUGAAGGAGGAGUAUUGACAGCAUCCUAUGGAUACAUAGGAGGGCAUGAAGGAAAAAGCAUGUAUAAAUGGUAUCAUCAUGAGGCAGAAAGUGGCCCUGGUACAUUGAUACCUGUGGCCUCUGGGGUUCUUCAGUAUACCAUUACAAAAGAAGAUAUUGGUAAAUUCAUUUCCUUUCAAUGUAUUCCCAUCCGAUAUGAUGGUUUCAAGGGUGAGCCAAGAUCUUGCAUGGGCCAGGAGCGUAUUCGUCCAGGAAGCCCAAGAGUGGUGUCUCUUCGAAUUGUUGGAGCUGCUGUUGAAGGGACAAUGCUGUCUGCAGAAAAAGAAUAUUGGGGUGGUGAAGAAGGAGCAUCGGUUUUCCGGUGGUUUCGGACUAGUUCAGAUGGCUCACCGUACGAAAUCAAAGGUGCCACUACCUCAUCAUAUCAAGUAUGUGUGGAUGAUAUAGGUCGCUUCGUUUCGGUUUCAUGUGAACCCGUCAGAAGUGACUGGGCUCGUGGGCCCAUAGUUCUUUCCGAGCUAAUUGGACCAAUCAUAUCUGGCCCCCCUACUUGUCAGUCACUGGAGUUUCUCGGAUCAAUGAUUGAAGGGCAACGCUUGAGCUUUGUUGCUUCAUAUACUGGAGGGAUAAAGGGGAAUUGUCAACAUGAAUGGUUUAGGGUAAAAGAUAAUGAUGUUAAGGAGAAAUUGAGUUGUGAUGAAUUUUUGGAUUUGUCUCUUGAGGAUGUUGGGAAGAGCAUUGAACUUGUCUACACUCCUGUCCGGGAGGAUGGAAUAGAAGGCAAUCCUAGAAGCAUUGUGUCAGAUGAAAUUGCUCCUGCAAAUCCUAUGGGGCUGGAGCUUAUUAUUCCGGACUGUUGUGAGAAACAAGAGGUUGUGCCACAUAAAACCUAUUUUGGUGGACACGAAGGUGUUGGAGAGUACAUAUGGUAUAGAACUAGCGAUAAGUUGCAUGGAUCUGCACUCUUGGAAAUAUCCUUUGCUAGUGAAGAUGUCGUUGUUUGCUGUAAGGAAUUAAAAUAUACUCCAUCACUUGAAGAUGUGGGGUCUUAUCUAGUCUUGUAUUGGAUACCUACUCGCUCAGAUGGAAGACAUGGGCAGCCAGUAGUAUCAAUUUCAAACUCCCCAGUUGCCCCAGCUGAUCCAGUAAUAUCUAAUGUCCAUGUUAAGCAAAUUUCUUCGGAUGCCUAUUCUGGAGAAGGGGAGUAUUCUGGUGGCUAUGAAGGUGCAAGUCUCUUUAGUUGGUACAGAGAAACUAAUGAUGGAACCAUCAAUCUAAUUGAUGGGGCCAACUCCAAAGCUUAUGAGGUGACUGAGUCAGAUUACAAUUGCCGGCUACUCUUUGGAUAUACACCUGUCCGUUCAGAUUCAGCAGUGGGAGAACUAAAAUUAUCUGAGCCAACUGAUGUUAUCCUCCCAGAGGUACCAAAAGUAGACAUGCUUGCUCUUACCGGGAAGGCUGUAGAAGGCGAUGUUCUCACUGCCGUUGAAGUGAUCACAAAGACUGGAAUCCAACAACUUGUUUGGAGCAAGUAUAAGAGAGGCAUCAAAUACCAAUGGUUCCGCUCAUUGGAAUCGGGGGAAGAGGAAUCUUUUGAAGCUCUCUCUUCUAAACGUUCAUGUUCCUAUAAGGUGCAGUUUGAAGAUAUUGGCAGAUGUCUGAAAUGUGAAUGUGUAGUACACGAUGUAUUUGGGAGGUCAAGUGAGCCAGCUUAUGCCGAGACUGCUUCUGUUUCGCCAGGUUUUCCAAGGAUAGAAAAGCUGGAGAUUGAAGGAAGGGGUUUCCACACCAACUUAUAUGCAGUUCGUGGCAAUUAUUUUGGUGGAAAAGAGGGAAAGUGUAAAAUUCAAUGGCUUAUUGUUGAAACCUUUGCCCUAAACUCGUUCUCCUUUCAAACUUCCAUAAUGGGCGAGACAGGAAGGAUGUAUGAGGCUAAUGUGGAUGAUGUUGGCUACAGACUGGUCGUUGUCUAUACGCCCAUACGAGACGAUGGCACUGAAGGGCACCCAGUUUCUGCAUCAACAGAGCCUGUUGCUGUUGAACCUGAUAUUCAUAAGGAAGUGAAGCAAAAACUAGAUGUUGGGUCAGUGAAGUUUGAGGUGCUGUGUGACAAGGACCCUUAUCUAAAAAAGGUCCUGGGAGAGGGAAAUCUUGAGAGACGAAUACUAGAAGUUAACAGGAAGAGAAUAAAGGUAGUGAAACCAGGUUCCAAGACAUCUUUCCCAACAACUGAAGUUCGUGGGAGUUUCGCUCCUCCUUUCCAUGUUGAGACAUUCCGGAAUGACCAAAGACGGCUUAGGAUUGUUGUGGACAGUGAGAGUGAAGUAGACGUGGUGGUCCAUUCACGUCACCUCCGCGAUGUCAUCGUGCUAGUUAUACGCGGCCUUGCACAGAAAUUCAACAGCACUUCCCUUAAUUCACUACUCAAAAUCGAUGCAUAAACUAUCCGCAUAUAGGAACCUAGAGUCACCCUGCAUACGGGCAUUUCUCCGGUUCUUGGUUUGUUUCUGCAUUCACUCCUCUUAUUUGUUUACUUCUUUCUGAUAUGAUGUGUGAAUUAGACUAUUCAAUUGGGAACCCAUGUAUGAACACUAGGGUCCGUAAUCUAAGUUCACUUCUGUUUUUCA